AUGAAUUACGGCUUAAGAAACGCAGCACAAACCUUCCAGAGGUUCAUUGACGAGGUGUUGCUAGGACUUGAUUUCUGCUACGGAUAUAUCGAUGACAUCUUGGUAUUUUCGUCAUCCAACCAAGAGCACAAAAACCAUCUGCGGCAACUCUUUGAACGCCUAAAGCAGUACGGCGUCGUGGUAAACACUGCCAAGUGUAUACCUGGCCAACCAGAAGUCACGUUCCUGGGAUACCACGUCUCAGCUGCAGGUACGAAACCACUAGAGUCCAAAGUCGAAACUAUCAGGCAAUACCCCGUUCCUAAAAAGGUCAAAGAACUAAGAAGUUUCUUAGGCAUGCUAAACUUCUACCGUCGCUUUGUUUCCAACGCAGCCCAACUUCAAGCACCGCUGAAUGACGUUUUCAGUGGCUCAAAAAUCAAAGAGUCUCAUCCGAUAGUCAUGACACCGCAAUUACUUCGAGCCUUCGAAGACUGUAGGAAUCACUAUCUCAAGCAACUCUUCUCGCUCAUCCAGACCCAGCUGCAGAACUAG